CCGAGAAGGCCGAGGAGAGCCCCCCAAUCCCGCGCCGAGGCGGCGGCGGCGGCGGCGGCGGCGCGACGAUGAGGAUGAUGAAUACAUUGCAAAGUUUUUUUGGCCCCGGCGAGGGGUGUCAGAUUGAGUGCUCUGUGCGCAUGUGCGAAGGUGUCCAAACUGACAAUGCUGGGGAGAUGAAGAUAGUGUGUGGCUGCUUCUGGACUCAAGGAGGAGGAGAGAGAUUCCGCGAGCCGACACCAUGCGAUCCAAGGCGAGGGCGAGGAAGCUAGCCAAAAGUGACGGUGACAUUGUAAAUAAUAUGUAUGAGCCCAACCGGGACCUGCUGGCCAGCCACAGCGCGGAGGACGAGGCUGAGGACAGUGCCAUGUCACCCAUCCCCGUGGGGCCACCGUCCCCCUUCCCCACCAGCGAGGACUUCACCCCCAAGGAGGGCUCGCCGUAUGAGGCCCCGGUCUACAUUCCUGAAGACAUUCCGAUCCCACCAGACUUCGAGCUCCGAGAGUCCUCCAUCCCAGGGGCUGGCCUGGGGGUCUGGGCCAAAAGGAAGAUGGAAGCCGGGGAGAGGCUGGGCCCCUGCGUGGUGGUGCCCCGGGCGGCGGCGAAGGAGACAGACUUCGGAUGGGAGCAAAUACUGACGGACGCGGAAGUGUCGCCCCAGGAAGGCUGCAUCAAAAAGCAGAUCUCCGAAGACCUGGGCAGUGAGAAGUUCUGUGUGGAUGCAAAUCAGGCGGGGGCCGGCAGCUGGCUCAAGUACAUCCGUGUGGCGUGCUCCUGCGAUGAUCAGAACCUCACCAUGUGUCAGAUCAGUGAGCAGAUCUACUACAAAGUCAUUAAGGACAUUGAGCCAGGUGAGGAGCUGCUGGUGCACGUGAAGGAAGGCGUCUACCCCCUGGGCACAGUGCCACCCGGCCUGGACGAGGAGCCCACGUUCCGCUGUGACGAGUGUGACGAACUCUUCCAGUCCAAGCUGGACCUGCGGCGCCACAAGAAGUACACGUGUGGCUCAGUGGGGGCUGCACUCUACGAGGGCCUGGCUGAGGAGCUCAAGUCCGAGGGCCUUGGCGGUGGCAGCGGCCAAGCCCACGAGUGCAAGGACUGCGAGCGGAUGUUCCCCAACAAGUACAGCCUGGAGCAGCACAUGGUCAUCCACACGGAGGAGCGCGAGUACAAAUGCGACCAGUGUCCCAAGGCCUUCAACUGGAAGUCCAACCUCAUCCGCCACCAGAUGUCCCACGACAGCGGCAAACGCUUCGAAUGUGAAAACUGCGUGAAGGUGUUCACGGACCCCAGCAACCUUCAGCGGCACAUCCGCUCGCAGCAUGUGGGCGCUCGGGCCCACGCCUGCCCUGACUGUGGGAAGACCUUCGCCACGUCCUCCGGCCUCAAGCAGCACAAGCACAUCCACAGCACGGUGAAACCUUUCAUAUGUGAGGUCUGCCACAAGUCCUACACGCAGUUCUCCAACCUGUGCCGGCACAAGCGGAUGCAUGCCGACUGCCGCACGCAGAUCAAGUGCAAGGACUGUGGCCAGAUGUUCAGCACUACCUCCUCCCUCAACAAGCACCGGCGCUUCUGCGAGGGCAAGAACCAUUACACGCCGGGCGGCAUCUUUGCCCCGGGCCUGCCCUUGACCCCCAGCCCCAUGAUGGACAAGGCAAAACCCUCCCCCAGCCUCAAUCACGCCAGCCUGGGCUUCAACGAGUACUUCCCCUCCAGGCCGCACCCGGGGAGCCUGCCCUUCUCCACGGCGCCUCCCACGUUCCCCGCACUCACCCCCGGCUUCCCGGGCAUCUUCCCUCCAUCCUUGUACCCCCGGCCGCCUCUGCUACCUCCCACACCGCUGCUCAAGAGCCCCCUGAACCACACCCAGGACGCCAAGCUCCCCAGCCCCCUGGGGAACCCAGCCCUGCCCCUGGUCUCGGCCGUCAGCAACAGCAGCCAGGGCACGACGGCAGCUGCGGGGCCCGAGGAGAAGUUCGAGAGCCGCCUGGAGGACUCCUGUGUGGAGAAGCUGAAGACCAGGAGCAGCGACAUGUCGGACGGCAGUGACUUUGAGGACGUCAACACCACCACGGGGACCGACCUGGACACGACCACGGGGACGGGCUCGGACCUGGACAGCGACGUGGACAGCGACCCUGACAAGGACAAGGGCAAGGGCAAGUCCGCCGAGGGCCAGCCCGAGUUUGGGGGCGGCUUGGUGCCCCCGGGGGCCCCGAACAGCGUGGCCGAGGUGCCCGUCUUCUAUUCCCAGCACUCAUUCUUCCCGCCCCCUGACGAGCAGCUGCUGACCGCGACGGGCGCCGCCGGGGACUCCAUCAAGGCCAUCGCAUCCAUCGCCGAGAAGUACUUUGGCCCCGGCUUCGUGGGGAUGCAGGAGAAGAAGCUGGGCUCGCUCCCCUACCACUCGGCUUUCCCCUUCCAGUUCCUGCCCAACUUCGCCCACUCCCUCUACCCCUUCACGGACCGAGCCCUCGCCCACAACUUGCUGGUCAAGGCCGAGCCAAAGUCACCCCGGGACGCCCUCAAGGUGGGCGGCCCCAGUGCUGAGUGCCCCUUCGAUCUCACCACCAAGCCCAAAGACGUGAAGCCCGUCCUGCCCAUGCCCAAGGGCCCUUCGGCCCCCGCAUCCGGUGAGGAGCAGCCACUGGACCUGAGCAUCGGCAGCCGGGCCCGCGCCAGCCAGAACGGCGGCGGGCGGGAGCCCCGGAAGAACCACGUCUACGGGGAACGCAAGCUGGGCGCCGGCGAGGGGCUGCCCCAGGUGUGCCCGGCGCGGAUGCCCCAGCAGCCCCCGCUCCACUAUGCCAAGCCCUCGCCCUUCUUCAUGGACCCCAUCUACAGCAGGGUAGAAAAGCGGAAGGUCACGGACCCCGUGGGAGCCCUGAAGGAGAAGUACCUGCGGCCGUCCCCGCUGCUCUUCCACCCCCAGAUGUCAGCCAUAGAAACCAUGACGGAGAAGCUGGAGAGCUUUGCAGCCAUGAAGGCGGACUCGGGCAGCUCCCUGCAGCCCCUCCCCCACCACCCCUUCAACUUCCGGUCCCCACCCCCAACGCUCUCUGACCCCAUCCUCAGGAAGGGCAAGGAGCGAUACACGUGCAGGUACUGUGGAAAGAUCUUCCCCAGAUCAGCCAAUCUCACCAGACACCUGAGGACGCACACUGGGGAGCAGCCGUACAGGUGUAAGUACUGCGACCGCUCCUUCAGCAUCUCUUCGAACCUCCAGCGGCACGUCCGGAACAUCCAUAACAAGGAGAAGCCUUUCAAAUGCCACCUGUGCAACCGCUGCUUCGGGCAGCAGACCAACCUGGACCGGCACCUCAAGAAGCACGAGCACGAGAACGCACCAGUGAGCCAGCACCCCGGGGUCCUCACGAACCACCUGGGGACCAGCGCCUCCUCUCCCACCUCUGAGUCGGACAACCACGCACUUUUAGACGAGAAAGAAGACUCUUAUUUCUCAGAAAUCAGAAACUUUAUUGCCAAUAGUGAGAUGAACCAAGCAUCAACGCGAACAGAGAAACGGGCGGAGAUGCAGGACGUGGACGGCAGUGCCCAGUGUCCAGGCCUAGCCAGCGAGAAGCAGGAGGACGUGGAGGAGGAGGACGACGAUGACCUGGAGGAGGACGAUGAGGACAGCCUGGCCGGGAAGUCGCAGGAUGACACCGUGUCCCCCGCACCUGAGCCCCAGGCCGCCUACGAGGAUGAGGAGGACGAGGAGCCACCCACCUCCCUGGCCGUGGGCUUCGACCACACCCGAAGGUGUGCUGAGGACCACGAAGGCGGUCUGUUAGCUUUGGAGCCGAUGCCGACUUUUGGGAAGGGGCUGGACCUCCGCAGAGCAGCUGAGGAAGCAUUUGAAGUUAAAGAUGUGCUUAAUUCCACCUUAGAUUCUGAGGCUUUAAAACAUACACUGUGCAGGCAGGCUAAGAACCAGGCAUAUGCAAUGAUGCUGUCCCUUUCCGAAGACACUCCUCUCCACACCCCCUCCCAGGGUUCUCUGGACGCUUGGUUGAACAUCACCGGAGCCACGUCGGAGUCUGGAGCAUUUCACCCCAUUAACCACCUCUGAUGGGCUGGGCAGCCAGGGGCCGGCAGCCAGAGCGAGGGCACCAGCUGCGGAGGACGGAGGUGGGCGGGGCCCCAGAGAACCCUGUCCCUGCGUGUGGUCACUCCUCAGCGUACUCCCCAGCCACCAUGGUUCAUUCCAACUUUUCCAACGGAGACUCAGAUCCCGAAAGUCCUAAAGCAGUUGUAGAGUCUCACCAUCUCCAAGGAUUGGCCUUGAGAACACUGUUCAGUGACAGCCCUGCAGGUGGCCAUCCAAAGACAGCCAACGGAGCUGCCUCGCAGAAUCAGCCAGUGGGCAGGUGGACGCUCCGCUGAGACAGAAGCUGGUGGCCACUGCCGGGUGCCUGCGUGGGGUCGCGGAAGGGAAUGGAUAGACGGGUGUGCUCAAAAGAGAGAGAUCACUCAAAUGAUUUUUAUAAUGAAAUGACAAGAAUAACCCUUUUGGUAACCGUAUUGACUACAGAGUCUAUUUAAGCAUGUGGUUUUAAAAAUAGACAGUAUUUUUUAAAAAUCAAAAAAUGACUUGCAAAUUGUUUUUUAAAAGUAAUUUUGCAUUGCUUUGAAAUUUGAGCUCAUUUGCAAACCCGAGUCUGCCUGGGAACCCACACUGUGCCUGGGUGUGUUCUUUAUACUGUAGAUAAUGGAGAAAUUUUCUAUCUCUGUCCCUAUUUGUAUAAGCCAAGGUGACGCUGGGUGCCCCGAGGCAGAACAAGAGGCGUGGGGCCACACCUAUGAACCACGCAGAUGCCGAAGAAGUCUUAGACAGGGCGCCCUGGGCUGCAGGCCUGCCCGAGGCUGGGAUGGGAAGUGUGCCUGCCCUCAUGUGACAUGGAAUUGGUGCCAGGGCCGCCACGUGGCCUUCAGAGGAAUCCACAGGUCCCCACCCAAGAUCCCUCAAUUAUAUGGGGAAGUCGAGGGCCCAUGGCUUGGGUCCGCCAUGCAGAGAUGUGGCCGGGCACCCAUCUUCCUUCCCUCCUCUGUCCCUGCCUCGGCCACCCCACGCGGGAACCCACCGCCGUCUUCUGAAGCCAGGGCCUUGGCCACGUCCUGGGUCUGCCACCUCCCACCUGACCCCAGCGGCUCCGGUGUCCUCCACGUGGCUGCCCUGGGGAGCAAUCCCAGCAGAUCGCUCCGGGCCACCAAGCCGCACCUGUGCCUGAGACUCCGGAUGGACGACACAGUCGCCACGUCGCUCUUCCUGCGGGUCCUUGGCGAGACACAGCUUGAGAACAGAAGGGCGUCGGGGGAACCUGCCGCAAGGAGCAGAGACAGCACAGCCCCCGGGGCCCAGCCGCCUCCCUCUCUUGGGAUGCAACUUCUUCCCCACUCGGAUGGGCUUUAAAUUAUUCCCAUAGGGGCCAAUUUCAAAUAAUAAUUUUUUCCCUGAUGGAAUUUACCUUAAUCUGUAUAUAACUUGUAAUUUUUUUCUAAUUCAUUUCUUUUCUUAUUUUAUUUCCUCCUUAACAGUAUUUUUGGCAUUAGACAUUCUUAUUGUGAAGAAAUAAUGUUAAUAUAAGUAUCUGGUGAAGGACCAAAACCGUGUAAUAAGGUUGUGUGUUGUGUGGGAGUGGGGCGAUUUUUUAUGUGCCAAAUACCCCCGUCCCCCCCAUGAAUCCUGCUGUCCCUGCUGCCGUUUACCAGACAAUCAUAUGUUUUUGUUAAAUUUGCGUUUCAGUUGCAUUUGCAUUGAAGACAAGUGUUCUAUUUAUUUCUUGUAUUGUUUGGAAGAAAAAAUGAUGAUAGUGUCCCAACAAGAAGAGAAAAAAAAAUGCCCAAGUUGCCCUUUAAAAAAAAAGAGCGUAAAUACAAACAGGAGUGGUGCAAGCCACCUUGGUGUGGGUUUGUGUCACGCGUGGACAUCUCCUCAGGCUGUCCCCAGCGGUGACGGGAGGUGUCCUGGCUGCUCCAGGACAAAAGACAAUCGUCUCUGUGGGUGCCGGGCAGUCCAGGCUUGCACUGAAGACUUGCCACAGGGAGGUUCCUGCAGGAGGCUCGACCCGACGGAUCACAGUGAAAGGGAUUCCUCCCACGCCAGAUCUGCACAACGAGGCAAGACAGGACCUACCCGUGCGUGCGCUGGGGCCAUGGGGUGGCCCCCCCGGGGGGCAGCGGGGGAGCUGCCUGCAGAAGAGCCAGCCGGCGUGUCGGGAAGGAUCCAGGAUCUGCAAACACAACUGCUCAGGCCUUCUCACGCGUUUCCACAACAUCCCCUGGCUCAGACCCACCAGGUACCCCGUAGGAAUUUCCAGUUUCCCUUGAUCUAGAUGGGAUUCCUGUAAAAACGUAACCUCAGACAUAAACACCCCAUUUCUGUAAACCCAAAUUAUAUGAUUUCUUCUGCGAAAGAGUAAGGUGUGUGCUUUUUUUUUUUUUUUGCAAUACGGCCCCGUCUCUCUGAAGUGGGACGUUCGGACGGAUGGAGCCCUCAGCGUGUCUUUUCAGCAGGAGCAGAACCGAUGAGGGCCACCCUUACCGUUGCUCUCCAGAUCCCCCAGUCCCAUCCCGCCGUUUUCGGCUGUCUUCCUAAGCGUCCUGUCUUCUCUUGGCACUCUUUCUUUCCACCUUUCCCAAGAGUCCUGGUUGCACAUUUUAAGUCAUAUAUUUUUGUCCCCCUGAAAUAAUGGCAAGCCCAGUUUCUCCUGAGCAUUCAGCUCCCCAGGCCCCAGCACUUGGCGUUUUCGGGAGGCCCUGUUCUUAGAGCCCCUGACAAAGGCAGCACUUAUUUCCCAGGCUGGUGCGCCCCAAAACACGGCCCCGACACUUAGCGUGGCCCCAGGCCCUAGCGAGCCUCGCCCUCCCAGCUUUGCUCUGCCCAGCCGUGUUGGUGCCCAGGGUUGACAAGGGCCAGGGAGCCUGGCCCAGGUGUGAGAAUUCAGAGAUUCUGGCCUCCAGCUGUCACCACACUGUAAUGGGGCCACAUAACUGUGCAGCAUGGACAGGGAUGCGACGGAGCAGCUGGCUGUGUCCGUGGCCAGGUGGCCAGGGUCAGGGCUGUAAGCCAGGCAUCCAGGGCCCUUCCGUUCAGCCCAAAUGCUGCCC